GUAAUCACUAAUCAUUCAUCCUUUACCACCUUUGCCCUAUUUAUAACACUAGAUCAAAAAUUUUACAUACAAAAAAAAACAUUCAAAAUGAUAACUUGGACAUCGAUAGUGGUGAUCUCUCUAUUAACAGUAUUCCAAAGAAGCACCGCCAAUGAAAUUGAGCUGCCGAAAGAAUUCGUCACCAGCAGCUCACACACCAACAACUGGGCGGUGCUGGUGGAUACUUCCCGAUUUUGGUUCAACUAUCGGCAUAUAGCGAACGUGCUGUCCGUUUAUCGGUCCGUGAAACGUUUAGGUAUUCCGGACAGUCAAAUAUUGCUGAUGAUUGCCGACGAUAUGGCCUGCAAUCCGCGUAAUCCUCGGCCGGCGACGGUGUUCAACAAUGCAAAUCAGCACAUCAACGUGUACGGGGCAGAUGUUGAGGUUGAUUAUCGUGGAUACGAAGUCACGGUAGAAAACUUUGUUCGAUUGUUAACGGGAAGAAACGAAAAUGGUACCGCUAGAUCCAAGCGGUUGCUUUCGGACGCCGGAAGCAAUGUACUUAUUUAUUUAACCGGACACGGUGGUGAUGGUUUUUUGAAAUUCCAAGACUCAGAGGAAAUUACCAACCAAGAGCUGGCCGAUGCUAUCGAGCAAAUGUGGCAGAAACAGCGAUAUAAUGAGCUGUUUUUCAUGAUUGACACUUGCCAAGCGGCUUCGAUGUAUGAGAAGUUCUACUCGCCUAAUAUUCUAGCCGUGGCGAGCAGUCUGGUGGGUGAAGACUCUUUGUCCCAUCACGUAGAUCCGGCGAUCGGUGUAUACAUAAUCGAUCGAUACACCUACUACGCGCUAGAGUUCUUGGAAGGUGUGCAGGUCAACAGCAAAAAGACAAUGGGAGAAUUUCUUUCCGUUUGCCCAAAGCGAGUGUGUAUCUCCACGGUUGGGGUAAGGAAAGAUCUGUAUCCGAAGGAUCCCUAUAAAGUACCGAUAACGGACUUUUUCGGCUCAAUCAGACCAACUGAAAUUUCCUCCGGCGUUGUAAAUGUAACGCUUUCAACCAUUCCACUGGACCACUUCGAACACAGGCCAAUAAGCAAACCAAACCCAGCGUUGUUCUACGAACAGUUUCCGAGUAAACUGUUUUUGUGAUUCCGUUCUAGUCAACUAAACACAAACUAUUUUUUCUCUGACGACGAUGAUAUUCGGAUAGUACCUCCCUCCGCAUUGUAUUCGGAAAGUAGUGAAUUCUCCGCAUCACCCACCUUCGACAGAGAUGCUAUUAAUUUUUGAUUCUCUAUAUUCUCUUCGCAGAGGUUCCGAAUAGCCAGAAUAGUCCAUUCCUUCAUAACUGCAAAAUAAAACUAUGUUUUAAAUCAUCUUCCAAUAA